GGGAGAAGGAAGUGUGUUCAUCUGCCCUUUUGUUUUCGUAGUUGAAGUGAAGUAUAGAGUUCGAAGAAAAGAAUUAUUGGUAGAAAAUGGCAACUGGAUUUUGGGGAGAGGAUCUUGUCUGUCGAAGAGUGAGACAGAUGGCACGACAGGGUGCCAUCGGCGUAGAGGAGCUCAUAAGGAGAAAGGUGUGCAGCCUUCGGCAGUGGAAGAUGACCCGCUUUGGCAACCAACAAGCCAACGGCAGACGAUUCGAGUUCACCCUCAUGACGUACAACAUACUCAGCCAGACAGCCAUCGAGAAUCAUCGAUAUCUAUACAGAAAAUGCGAUUCCCGUUUUCUAGACGAAGAUUACCGCAUUUCCCAGAUCCUGCCAGAGAUCCUGAACUCUCAAAGUGACGUCAUAUGUUUGCAGGAAGUGGAGGAGCGACUAUUCGAGGAGAAGAUCCGGGGAAAGUUCCACUCCAACGGGUUCGAAGGCCUUUUUAAGAAGAGGACCUGCAAGGACGAUGGUUGUGCCAUCCUAUGGCGGACGCAGAAGUUCUCUCUUAUAGACCACGAAAAUGUAGAAUUCGCUAAGAAAGAUCACGAAAUAUUAAACAGGGACAAUAUCGGACUAAUCGCUGUGCUCAAACCGAAGCAUCCAGACACCACCAGAAUCAAGUUGCACGUGGCAACAACCCACCUCUUGUUCAAUCCAAGGAGGGGAGACAUCAAACUAAGUCAGUUGCGCUUGUUGCUCGCUCAGUUGGAGAAAAUGGCCCUGAAGAAAGUGGGCAGUGAUGGACAACGGACGUACCAUCCUGUUAUUCUAUGUGGAGAUUUCAAUAUUGCACCCCAUUCUCCUUUAUAUGAGUUCAUCGACACUGGGAGGUUGGACGUUCACAAUCGGAUGUCUGGGGAUUUGUCUGGCCAAAGCGAGGGAAAAAACAAGGGAAGGAGAGUAACUACGUGGCAACUGUCCUUGAAAAGUGUUGGAAUCGAUGACGCUGGCAGGCUUGAAUCUGUGAAUGAAAGUUCAGACAGUUUAUCUGCUUCUAAAAAACUAUGCACCUCAAACAAACAAAACAUUUCCUCCAAACCUUCUCCGUCUAGUCCAUGCAGCUCAGAAGUAACGGACGGUGCUCAAUCUGGAAAUAACAGCAACUGUGUAAAUUUAGAUCCAAAUUGGCUGGCUUCUGUCAAAAAUCCUGCUUGGAUCGCAGCUUUCCAGUCAUUGAACGGUGUCCAAGCAGCCAAAGAUAGCGAAUCCGUGGACUUCGUCAGCCCUUCACCUUGCUUUUAUCAUGACUUUCACUUUGUCCCUGCUUACAAGUACCACACUGACAAAGAGGAACUUCCAGUCACCUGCAUGACGGGAAGAGAUGUGAAUAACGUGGACCACAUCUUCUACAACGUGACGGAAAAGUUCAGUCCACGAGCCUACAAAGAGGGUCGGUUGAAACUGCUUGGAGUUUACUCGUUGAUGCACGAGAAAGACCUCUUAGAUAUAGGAGGAUUGCCCAAUGCAUCCUUGGGCUCUGAUCACAUAUUCCUGAUGGCUAAAUUCGCCAUUUCGGGGUAUUAUCAGUCGGAAAAAACUCACUAGACAUUUCUUUGUUUUACUUCUACUUUGAUGACGAUCUACAAUUUUUUACCACAAAUAUUUCAUGUAUAUAGCAAAUUAUCAUCCACUUGUAUCUUGUUGUGUUUGAAAAUUAAGAUUUAUAUUUGAAUUUCAUCAUGUUGGAGUUUAGUGUCGUCCAGACGAUAUUGUUUGAAAGGAAUCUGCAAAGCGUUUGUACAUUAUUAGCGUGAUAUUUCAGUGCAGGGCUCGUGUUUUUUUACCCUGGUCAUUAAAAUUUGUUGCUUUUAAUAUUAUCCGUUUUUAUUUUUGUUUUUUUUUCUUUGCGUACAGCAUUUUGAAAAGGUUUUUUUCAUCACAUUAAAUCAUCAAAUAUCUUUUAAACUUUAAAAUAGUUAUGCUACUUUAU